AUGGGUGUGAUCGCUCUCUGUUCUUUCAUUGCAUCGUUUGGUCUGCUGUCGUUCCUUACUUAUCGUUUCAUCUUCUGGCGUCACUACUACAAGCGACCGCUGGCACAGAACCAGUACGUCGUCUUAAUUUAUAAUCUCCUUCUCGUCGAUAUUCAGCAAGCAAUGGCAUUCUUGCUAUGUCUUCACUGGGUGUCCCAAGGCCAUGUCUACUAUCCGAGUGCGCCCUGUGUUCUUCAGGGUUGGUGGAUCCAGAUCGGGGAUCCCGGCAGUGGUCUGUUUGUGUUGGCGAUUGCCAUGCAUACGGGUGCAGUGGUGAUGCGAGGUCGACAGCUGCCAUUUCCAAUCUUUGUGGCCAGUGUCGUGGGUCUCUGGGUGUUCAUCAUUAUCCUCGGUCUCAUCCCGGUGGGCUUGUUUGGUUCCGACACCUUUGUAAUCUCUGAAGCAGGCUGGUGCUGGCUGGGUCCGCAACACGAGACUGAGCGACUAUGGCUACAUUAUCUAUGGAUUUUCCUGGCCGAGUUCGGUACCGUGGUUCUCUACGGAAUCAUGUUCUUCUAUCUCCGACGCCGUAUGCAGGAAGCCGCCUCCCUCCGUCAGAACCACCAAGAGAACUUGAAGCGGUUGAACCGGGUGGUCAUAUACAUGGUUAUCUAUCCUUUGGUGUACUUGGUGCUGUCGCUGCCUUUGGCUGCCGGGCGUAUGUCCACGGCCCGGCAUGUCGUGCCUAGUCGAGCGUACUUUGCGGUGGCCGGAACAUUGAUGGCUCUGUCGGGUCUGGUAGAUGUGGUGGUCUAUACUUUGACCCGUCGCCACUUGCUGCUGGAGACUGAUCUCAGCGCUUCCGACCGGAUGUAUGCGUACACGGAGUCGGCCGCCUAUCAAACGCACAUUACCACCGGUCACGGCGACACGACUACGAAGAAGCCGCGCAUGAAAACCCGAUUCCGACGCGGUCUACAGAGCAUCAACGACACGGUGGACGAUCAUCGAGAUUCGUCGACCGAAGAUAUUGUGCGUAAGACGGACAUGGAGCUGGCUGAUCUGGGGCAUGGCGUGUACCAGGAGACGACCAUCGAAAUUUCGCACGAGCCAGCCGAGCCCGAAGAAUUUCAGAACCGAAAUCGCCACAGCGGUUGA